AUGUCCCCCGGCAGCACCAGGGCCAGCAUCUGCUGUGCCAUGGUGGCUGAUAGGCCCGACACUGUCACCAUCGAGGACUUCCUGGAGGACAUGUUGGCCCCCCCCAUGUUCCCCAGCCUGGUCCCGCAGUACAGGGAGUCCAGCCUGGCUGGGAAUGACAUCUUCCACAAGUUCUCCACCUACAUCAAGAACCCCGUGCCUGCCCAGGACGAGGCGCUGCAGCGGAACUUGCUGCGGGCCCUGCUGAGCCUGGACGAGUUCCUGAGUGCCCCCCUGGAGCAUGAACUGGCCCAUGACCCCCACCUCCGGGCCUCCCGACGCCGCUUCCUCGACGGGGACCAGCUCACCUCGGCAGACUGCAACUUGCUGCCCAAGCUCAAUAUCGUGCAGGUCGUGUGCCAGCACUACCACCGCUUUGGGAUCCCCAAGGACCUGCGGGGCGUGUGGCGGUACCUCAACGGUGCCAGGGAAAUCAAGGAGUUCAGAUACACCUGCCCCAGCAGCGAGGAGAUUGUACAAGCUUAUCGCUCCGUGGUGCGGUCGCUGCAGUGA